AUGUUCUCCACGAGUAUAUCUACCGCCCAACUGGCCGUUCAUGGAGAUGCUAGCCACUCUGUCUUGAAGAAGGGUGAUUUGGAAUUGCCUCCUAUCAAGAAAAUCCUCUCUGAUCUACCGGAGGUUUCUUCCUCUUUACCGCCCCACACGGAAAUUAUCGAAUUUGAAGAGCAACAGGAGAUGUUCCAUGAAUUGCGCGACAUCAUUGAAAAGGCCCAGGAGGUCGACGAGGCUGUAAAUAGCUUCGAUCUCAAGGAACUCCAUGCGUCUCUUGAAGAGGCCGAUGCAAGUGCAAAACGCGGGCGACGGGACGCCGAGACUCUGCAAAGCGUGAGCGCUACUCUGCAAAAGCUAUGGAACUGUAACUCCGAGUACUUGGUUCAAGCUGCUGAGAUUAUUGCAGAUGGUAGCAGAGAUCCUUCAUGGCGUGCUCCAUUUGGCCAGUCUGGCGUUCUGAACUUCUUCCUGGAUCUGGUUGCUUUGAAGGGCGAAGUUGAUACCAGCCUGUUGCUUCAAUCUUUGCGCGUUAUUGGAAACUCCUGUGCCGAUACAGAUGAGAAUAGGGAGAUUGUUGUCAAAGGAAACUAUACCCUUGCUAUCAUUCGAUAUUUCCUUGAUCCAGAUUUGAUUUUUGUGGCCAUUCCAGUUAUCUACAACAUUUGCAUGGAUUACAAACCAGCACAUGCUCAGAUGGCUGCUAAUCGGACAGCUUACAUCUUAUUGAAGCUAAUCAAAGAAGGCGGGAUCGAAGACAAUGAGGCUUUGCUCAAUUUCUCAUAUGACUUGAUUGAGUUGGCCUCAGAACAAGCCGAAGGCAUCGAAAACUCUCCCAACGGAACAAUUCUACUGCUGAUGGAGCUUGCCAUUGAUGAGACUCUGGAUUUUGCGCAUUUCUCAUCGUUGGCAACUUCUCUUGCUGCUUACCUCGAAAAAGAAAAGUUUCAGAAUGUCUGCGUGUCGAAUGGGAUGGUGGAAGGCGUGCUAGAUGUCCUGCGCCAUUCAUUUUCGAUUGUGGUGGACCCUUCUUUGAGCGAAGACGUCAAGGCUCUCGCGCAGCUCCGCCUCAAGAUUAACCAGGCUUUGGCUGAGGUAUCAGCCUCAUCAUUGUUCGCCCAAUACUAUCCACUUGACUCUCCUCUUUCACAGACCUUGAAGUCGUGGGUAGUUGCAACCGAAGAUCAACUUCAGAUCUGCGCCUGUGUUAUGCUUGGUAAUCUCGCUCGGUCCGACGAGGUCUGCCAGGUGAUGGUCAGGGACCUCAAAAUCCACGAGGAAUUGAUAGCUGUUCUCAAGGGCGAUGCCCGUGGUGCGGUACUGCACUCUUCGCUUGGUUUCCUGAAGAACCUUGCAAUUGCAGGUGACAACAGAGCUAUUCUUGGAGAAGCUGGUAUCAUCCCUGCUAUUUCACGAUUAUGGGCAUACGAAUCUGUUCCGCAGGUUCAAUUCUCAGCUGCAAGUAUAGCGCGCCAAGUGAUUAUUUCCUCGAUGGGUAACAUUUCUCGUCUUCUCGCUCCUCUCUCACAAGAUCUCGAUUCUCCGGCUCACCAACGGACUUAUCUCUCGCUGCUUCUGUCUCUUUUCGAGAAAACAGACUCUACACCAAUUAAGACUGAAAUCGGACGGACAGUUGCUUCGAUAUGUCGGACUGUUAGCCCCAAGGCUCGUGAUAGAGAUGAAGAAGCAACUUCUUUGCUUGACCGGCUGUACACCCUGCACGAGGGUGUUUCGCUGCCAGUAGGUGCGAUGAUCACACAGACCCAGUGGCCUGUUGUUCGCAGUGAAGGCUGGUUUGCUCUGGCUCUAAUGGCGACAAACAAACUGGGUUGUGCCGCCGUUGUGGACUGCUUGCACAAGACAGAGGUUACUGAGUUGCUCAAGACGACCCUGAGUGGGGGCACUCCCAAUCAAGAUAACGCUGAGGAGACAGACAAGUCCCAAGAGAUCAAAGACCGUGACAACGCUUUCGUGCUUGUGCAAGGACUACUGAAGAACGAGUCCGGUACUCUUCCUGUGGGUUAUAGAGAUAUGCUGGAAGACUUGGCGAAGGUCAAGGCCUUGCAGUUAAAAGCUAUAACAGAUGUUUAG